GUCGAGUGGUCUGGUUGUUUGGUUCAAAUGUGUUUUUGGUGUCGUCAUCGAACUCAUAUCUCCAGUCAUCUACUUAUUGAUUCUUUUGUAUACUUAAUAUUUCCAUGGCUACUUAAACUAUACUUUUGGUCCUGGCGAUCGAGCUGUGGGUGAAGACUCGUUUGUUGGCUACGGCUUGGUCAUCAUUGUAUUAUAAUUGUGGUAUUUUAGAAUGAAAUCCAUAAAAAUUUUUUAUACUCGUUCAAAAAAGAAUAUUUAUCAUUAUUAUUGUCAAGAGUUCUAUUAUCAAAAACGGUUCUUGUGAAGACGCCCAUGAUUAUUAAUAAGAAACGAAAGUUAUUCCGUGUAUCAAUAAUAAUAAUAAUUUAUUAAUCCGGUUUUAAACGAAUAUUGUAAAACUGUUCAUAAUAAUAGAAUUUAACGCAACUUUGAGUAUAUUAGAGACACCACUACUACACCGUUCCAAAAAAAAAAAUUAUGAAAUAUUUAUAUAUACACAUACUGAAAUAUAUAUAUAUAUACUAAAAAAGUGAUGUUAUUAUUAUCACUGGUGUAGACGGAAAUGCGAAUUUUGUUAUCCUUAAAAACGAGACAAGACUACAGCUUUAACCCAUUUUAAGGUCAAACGUUUAUCUAAUAACAGUUCAUACUGCCCACAUGCGUAAUUUGCUGGUUAGUUUUAAGCUGACAUUAGUAUACAAUACAUGGUAAGAAAAUCACUAAUUUUUUUUAAAAAUGAAAUUUAUGAUUAUAAUUUUAUUAUUGACACACGAUGUAUUAAUAACAAAUGGAGCACCUUAUAAUGAAUCAGAAAUGUCACCAUGUCCAAAGAUAAAACCAUUUACUCAAGUUAAAGUAGAUCAAUUAUUGGGUAAAUGGUAUUUGGCAAUUAUGAUAAUGGAAUCUUUCACUGAGGAGUUUGUAGAAGAUAAUGUUUGUAUUCAUGGUGAGUUAUUGAGAUAUAAUACUACAAUGCUUAAACAAAUAUGGAAUGUAGACAACCCUAUGUUGAUGGAGGAUCAUAGUGCAGUAAUUGACUUACCCACAAUAGAAAUAGAAAACAACAUUUGGUCUAUACAAAGUCCAUUGGGAGGUGAAAUACACACCACCAUCAUAAAUGCAGAACCAGAUAAUCACGCAAUCUUGGUUUUCUGUGGUCUAAGAGGAUUGGAUAAACUACAUAUGUGGACAGCUGUUGUUACAAGAAAAAAUGGAAUUUCAGCACCAGAAACUUUAAGAUUAUCUGCUAUUCUAGUCAAACAUGGUUAUGAUCCUAGGAAGAGUAAAAUUAUAAGUUGGAGCAAUUGUCCAGCCUACAAAACUAUAUAAUAAUUUAAUAAAAGGUGUGAUAGACAGAAAUAGAAAUAGUAAAAUAAAUACAGAUUUUAAUAAGUUGUACAA